AUGAUUGAGGGAGGGUUCACCCAGGGCGCCAAACAGGCUAGGACCGCCACUGCCCAGGACUCCCAGAAACCUGACAGCAUCACAGGAAACAUGAAGCCAGGCUGUGAUGUAUACCUGAGGGAGGGACAGUCCAAGUGUCCAUGGAGACUUUCUACAACCACACGCGGAACCAGCGCAGGACCAGAGCCAGCACCCAGUGGUCACGGCGGCAGCGGACAGCCCCGCGCAGGGAGUGACCUCAGCCUCCGCGCGCUCACCGGAUGCGUCCUGUGCGUCCUGAUCGUGUCCACGCUGCUGGGGAACGCGCUGGUGUGCGCCGCCGUCAUCAAGUUCCGCCACCUUCGCUCCAAAGUCACCAACGCCUUCGUCAUCUCUCUGGCCGUGUCCGACCUGUUCGUGGCCGUGCUAGUGAUGCCGUGGAGGGCCGUGUCCGAGGUGGCCGGCGUCUGGCUGUUCGGCCGCUUCUGCGACACGUGGGUGGCGUUCGACAUCAUGUGCUCCACGGCCUCUAUCCUCCACCUGUGCAUCAUCAGCAUGGACCGCUACUGGGCCAUCUCCAGCCCGUUCCGCUACGAGCGCAGGAUGACGCGCAGGUUCGCGUGCGUGAUGAUCGGUGUGGCGUGGACGCUGUCUGUACUCAUCUCCUUCAUUCCCGUGCAGCUCAACUGGCACCGCGCGGGCGCGCAGAACGCCACGGACCCGGGGGACUGCAACGCGAGCCUGAAUCGCACCUAUGCCAUCUCCUCUUCCCUCAUCAGCUUCUACAUCCCCGUGCUCAUCAUGGUGGGCACGUACACGCGCAUCUUCCGCAUCGCGCGCACGCAGAUCCGGCGGAUCUCGUCGCUAGAGAGGGGCUGCCGCGCUGUGCACCGGCGGGCCCGCGCCUCCGCGCACGAGGAGAGCUCUCUGAAGACUUCCUUCCGCCGCGAGACCAAAGUGCUGAAGACGCUGUCGGUCAUCAUGGGCGUGUUCGUGUUCUGCUGGCUGCCGUUCUUCGUGCUCAACUGCAUGGUUCCCUUCUGCCGCCUGGAGCGCCUGGGCGCGCCGCCCUGCGUCAGCGACACCACGUUCAGCGUGUUCGUGUGGUUCGGCUGGGCCAACUCGUCCCUGAACCCGGUCAUCUACGCCUUCAACGCAGACUUCCGGAAGGCCUUCUCCACCAUCCUGGGCUGCAGCCGCUACUGCGCCACCUCGGCGGUGGAGGCGGUGGACUUCAGUAACGAGCUGGCGUCCCACCACGACACCACCCUGCAGAAGGAGGUGUGCGCUGCGCCGACAGAGCUCGAGCGCGACUUCGAUAAAGUUUCGGCCACUUCCGUUGAUUCCAGGAACCGCCGGAACUUGCUGCUGCCCGCCAUCCUGCGGCACGAGUGCGAGGCCGAGAUCUCUCUGGACAUGAUGCCCUUUGGACACGAUGCACCGGCAGACUGUUACGUGAUACCCGGUCAAGUCCAGGACCUGUGA